CCUGAACCGUGGUGGUUGUAGAGUCUAGCCAGUUUGUGUUCGGUCGAGUUCGGCCAGUUCCCAGCGAGUUACCCAACCUUGGGGGUAAUCGUGUGCAGUUCCGCUUUUCGACAGUUAGCUGAAGACGUCAGCAGUAUUCAAAAUUUUUGAUUAAAGGCAUACUCUAAAAUGGCUUCGCAAAAAACCGCCUUCAAAAAAAACAGAUCAAGAGUGUCUCUUUCUUUGGAAAUGAAGCUCAAUAUUUUGGAUGCCCUUCAAGAUGGGAAAUCUGUUGCAAACGUCGGCAGGAAUUUAAAAAUCAACGAAUCGACUGUGCGUACAAUUAAAAAGAAUCAAGAUAGCAUCAGACAGACAGCAGCUCAGGGCACUAUCUAUGCAACAAAAUCCUCAUCAUAUACACGAGAUCCAUUGAUGGUCAAGAUGGAAAAGGCACUUCAUAUGUGGAUCGAAGAUCACGCGCAGAAGAAAAUACCCUUGGAUCAGGAAUUAAUAAGGGAGAAAGCUUUGAGCCUUUACCUUUGGUUAGAGAAGAAUGAGCCGUCUUCAAGUAAAAAGAAAGACUUUACCGCGAGUAAGGGAUGGUUUUAUAACUUUAUACGUAGUAAUUCCAUUCGCAACGUUAAAAUCAAGGGUGAAUCCGCAUCGGCCGAUGUUUCGGCUGCAAAUAGUUUUCCUCCAAAGCUCGCUAAGAUCAUAAAAGAAGGUGCGUAUCAUGGUGACCAAGUGUUCAAUGGAGAUGAAACGGGUCUUUUUUGGAAAAGAAUGCCGUCUCGUACCUACAUUACGCAGCAGGAGCAAUAUGCCAGUGGUUUCAAAGCGGCCAAAGACAGGGUUACCCUGUUAUUUUGCAGUAAUGCUUCAGGCGACCUUAUGUUGAAACCGCUAUUGAUCAAUCGUGCUAUGACGCCCCGCUCGUUGAAGGGGGCUGAUUUCAACAAACUGCCAGUGCACUGGAAAGCUAACACUAAAGCGUGGGUCACAAAAGCCGUUUUUGAGGAAUGGUUUUACGAUAUGUUUAUUCCGGAAGUGAAAACAUACUUGGAAGGAAAAGGUUUGGAGUUCCACGUGCUUUUGAUUUUGGAUAACGCUCCAGGACACCUAGUUAUCAAGCACCCAAACGUUCAAGUUGUGUUUCUUCCACCGAAUACAACUUCUUUGUUACAGCCUCAAGAUCAAGGAAUAAUUGCUGCUUUCAAGAAGUUGUACAUUAAACAAUGUCUUCGGUACAUCCUCGAAAAGCUUGAAAGCGAUGAAACGAUGACGGUAAUUCAAGCGUGGAAAGAAUUUAAGAUAAGAGACGCUCUGACGUUCAUAGGAAAGGCUCUGUCUUCUAUGAAAUCUAAAACAUUGAAUUCGUGCUGGAAGCCACUAUGGCCAGAAUGCGUGAAAGCUGGUUCAACAGACCCUUCAAAUGUGGAAGAAUCAGAAAUUCUCAUUCUGGCACAUGCAAUUGGAGGGAAAGGAUUCAAAGAUAUGGAUAGUAGAGACGUUGAAGAGCUUCUUGAAGACACCGAAAUUGAAGAUGAUGAACUGAUGCAGAGUUUAGUCACAUCGGAGCCUUUAGAGGACGAUGAAGACCGGGAUAUCAAGCCAUGUGAUAUCGAAGACGGGAAUAAAUUAGCGGAUACCCUCGUAAAACAUUUUAUGGAAAAGGAUCCUUGUGUUGAGAGAGCCGUUUCAUUUCGGAAUGAUUUGAAACUGUGUAUGCUUCGCUACAAUAGAUUGAACGAAAAAACACAGCCAACAGUUAUCGAUGAAGAUGACGAGGAUUUCAGCUUACCAUUGGAACGCAGACGAUCUCGUCCGAUUUCUUCGGAUGAGGAAGAUAUCGCCACAUCAUCUAACCGCAAACAUCCACGUGUUGCUAAUGAUAGUGAUUAGAUCAAUAAAAGAAAUUCUUUUUUCCACUUGACUACAAUAAAAUUGAUUUAUGAAUACAUUGGUAAAAAUAUCAUGGUAAAAAACUAAAAAUAUGUUUAAUUAAAUUUGUCUAAAUUCCGAAAACAUUUGUUUGUAUUGUAAUUUUUUCAAAUUGCAAAAAUGCAAUUUGAAAAAAUUACUUUCGAACUACUGGACCGCUUCACAUGAUCGAUAUAUCAAAUUAAAGCCAAUUAGCUAGUCUUUCUUGAAAAAAUGUUAUACUAGCAAAACAGUUGGAUUUUGUUUUCGUAAUUAUUGAUUGUAUUUGUUUGCUUAUAGUUUACAUGAUCCAAGGACGCUAUAUUUUUUUAUGUUUCUUGAAAGUUCUGGUUUUUCCACACAAGAUAAUCGAAAAUCAGAAAUGUGAUUUUUAUCGUUUUCGAGUUAUGAGUUUGCCGAUGGUCCGAAAAAUCAGAUUUUUCUCUUUUUCUAUAAAUAACUUUUUUCUAGAAAGAAGAAGCUUUCAAGAAAAAAUAU